AUGACUGAAUGUCAGAUCCUGAUGCAGGCAAGUUCAGCUCAACCUCCUGCUGAAGUAAACCAAAUUACAGACUGUCUGGUGGAGUGGGAUGGUGUUAACUGUUGGCCUGCUGCUCAAGCUGGAGAGAUGAUGUCAGUGCCCUGUCCACCUCCUCUACAGAAACUCCUCAUUAUCACUCGUAACUGCACCAGAGACGGCUGGAGCAGCCUGAGCAUCCCCUAUUACACCGCCUGUCUUCAUCUGGACCCCAGUGAGGAACAAGCCACAGACCAGAAGCGAGAAUACUUCUCCACUGUGAAGCUGAUCUACACUAUCGGUUAUGGCGUGUCUCUCGGCUCCCUCUGCAUCGCCAUGCUCAUCUUUACUAUCUUCAGGAAGCUGCUGUGCACACGCACCUGCAUCCACCUCAACCUCUUCUCCUCCUUCAUUCUGAGAGCCGUGGCCGUGUUCGUGAAAGACGCUGUGCUGUUCUCUGACGAGACUAUCGAUCACUGCACCAUCUCUACGGUUCUGUGUAAAGCUGCAGUGACGUUCUUCCAGUAUUGUGUGCUGGCAAACUUCUACUGGCUGCUGGUGGAGGGGCUGUACCUGCAGACCCUUCUAAUCUUCACUUUCACCCACAAGAGGGCUUUUGUCUGGUGGUAUGCUCUGAUUGGCUGGGGGAUGCCAACUGUGACGAUAAUCACCUGGACACUCUUAAAGCAUCAGUUUGACAACCGGGGGUGCUGGGAUGACUUAGACAGUGGCCUUUGGUGGAUAAUCAAAACCCCCAUCCUGUGCUCAGUUUUUGUCAACUUCAUUAUAUUUGUGAACAUCAGUCGGAUCAUCGUGUUGAAAAUAAAGACCCCUGACUGUAACACAGGAGAGAGACCACUUUACAGGCGGCUGGUGAAGCCCACUCUGCUGCUGAUUCCUCUGUUUGGAGUUCAUUACGUCGUGUUCGCUGUGUUCCCGGAGCAUGUGGGUCUGGAGCCCAGGCUCUUCUUUGAACUGGUGCUGGGAUCCUUCCAGGGCUUUACUGUUGCACUGCUGUACUGCUUUUUGAACAGCGAGGUUCAGACAGAACUGAAGAAAGGGGUUGCCAGAUGUUGGUCCCAGAGGGAGAACAACGUGAUUAACAUGGCUACACAAGAUUUUAUGGCUUAGAUUGUGGCAAAAAAGCAUUUAAAAGAGUUUAGGACUAUUAUUAUAACCUCUUAUUCAUUUGAAUGAAGAGGAAUUAAUGCCAAAUUAAAAAGCAAACACUAACAUGGAAAAAUGUAAAUGCAAUCCACAAAAAACAUUGCUAUUCUUCACUAACAUGCAGAAUACGAGCCAAAAUUAAAUGCAAAACCACUAUUACAUUACAUUUUAUUUGAUAUAUAUAGUUUGUUAAGCAUUAUGAUCUGUGAUCAUAAUACAUUAUAAGCUGUGCUUAUAAUAUAUAUGUUAAAAUAGUAUAUCUCUAUCAUUAAUAAU